AUGACGAGUGCUGUGCGCGAGAGACAGAGUUGGGCUGAUGGCCCUUGUGAACUUGUACACACACCGCAGUUCUUGACCAAGAAAGAGGACAUCUGGACCAAAGGCGCGACGCAUAUGGCUCUACUACACAAUGCCAUCCUCCGAGGCUUCAACACCAUCUACCUUCAAGCACCCCACGUCAAGCCUGAGGAAUAUUCUGACUUUGUCGGAUACAGCCUUGCUUGGUAUCGAUUUGUCAAAAGUCAUCACGAUGAUGAGGAAGCAGAGCUGUUUCCGAAGGUCGAUCAAGUCCUGAAAGAGAAAGGCAUCUGGGACGAGACACAUCAAGAGCAUGAGUCAUUCCUAGUAGGUCUCGGCGAUUUCCACUCGUAUCUGUCGACCUUGCCGACCGCCUCGACCUUUGACGGCACCAAGCUUGUCACCAUCAUGGACACUUUCCGCAAACCUUUUGCCCACCACUUCCAUCACGAGAUCUCCACUAUCGCUUCCUUCGCUAUCCUCUCUAGCGCUCCACUCGUAGACUCGCCCGAGGCCGAGGCCGCCGCUGUCAUUUUCAAAGCAUGGGGCAAGAAGACUCUCACCAAAGCCGGCAUGACCGACGUCGUUCCAUUCGCCCUGCUCAACCUGGACAGAACUUUCGAAGAAGGCAUGUGGGCCGCUUGGCCACCCAUGCCCGGCCCUGUUCGCUGGAUGAUGGUCAACAUGUUCGGCAGUUGGAAUUGGGCCUGGUGGAAGUUUGCGAGCUGUGAUGCUCAAGGCAACCCUAGGCCAUUGUAUGCCCUACAAGCUCAGGGAACAUAG